AGAGAACAACGUACAGUUCGAGAAAUGGCUAUUAUGCAUUUAUUGCGCCACCCAAACAUUUGUCAGCUUAAGGAAUGGGUUUCAGAAGGAGAUCAAUAUUACAUGUUCCUUGAAUAUGUCGAUGGCGGCCAAUUGCUUGACUAUAUAAUUAACCAUGGAAAAUUAAGAGAGAAACAGGCACGCAAAUUCUCUCGACAGAUCAUUAGUGCUCUUGAUUACUGCCACCGAAAUUCAAUUGUACAUCGAGACUUGAAGAUAGAGAACAUUCUCAUAACCCGGGAUGAAGACAUCAAGAUUAUCGAUUUCGGUCUCUCGAACCUUUACUCACCUUCUAGUCAACUCAGCACAUUCUGCGGCUCAUUGUACUUUGCAGCUCCUGAGUUACUACAAGCACGCCAGUACACAGGCCCAGAAGUAGAUGUGUGGAGUUUUGGUGUGGUACUGUAUGUGCUGGUCUGUGGUCGAGUUCCUUUUGACGACACAAGCUUACCAGCACUUCAUGCAAAGAUCAAAUCAGGCAUCGUAGACGACUAUCCUGACCAUCUCUCAAAAGGUACCAAAAUA